ACCACGUGACUAUCACUAAGACGAAAACAUGGCGGCGCCCUGUGCAGCAAGGGGCGUGUUUCGAUCAGGGCUGCGGUCAGGCAGCCCGGCGCUCCUGCAGUGGCCCGCACGGUUGCUCAGGCACCAGGGGUGCCUGCCCACUGCCCAGAGCCCGCUUUGCCGACCCUUCUUCUGGAGGAGGUGGACGAGCUCCCACCGCGUGGUCCAGCCAGCUGUGGUGCGGCCGCCUUACUCCGUGCCCAAGCACAUCCAGAAGCCAGACUACGUGUCCUCCAUCACUGUGCCCGAGUGGCCCGAUUUCACAGAGCUGAAGGAUGAGGAGCAGAUAAAAGGUUUGAGGAGGGCGUGCCAGCUGGCCAGACACAUUCUCCUGUUUGCUGGAAACAGCCUCAAGGUUGGCAUGACGACAGACGAAAUUGACUUCAUUGUACACCAGGAGACCAUUAAACACAACGCCUACCCCUCGCCCCUGCUUUACGGCGGCUUCCCCAAGUCUGUCUGCACGUCCGUAAACAACGUGGUUUGUCACGGCAUACCAGACAGCCGGCAACUUCAAGAUGGUGAUAUCAUUAAUAUAGACGUUACAGUAUACCUGGAGGGUUACCAUGGAGACACCUCGGAGACGUUUCUGAUUGGUUCGGUGGACGAACAAGGCAGGAAGCUGGUGGAUGUGGCAAAGCAGUGUAGAGACAGGGCCAUCGCAGCCUGUGGACCAGGACGAGCCCUGUGCGUCAUCGGCAACACCAUUAGUGAAAUUGCCAGCUCCAACGGCUUUUCCGUCUGUCCGUACUUCAUCGGCCAUGGGAUCGGGUCGUAUUUCCAUGGUUACCCAGAGGUAUGGCAUCACGCUAAUGACAAUGACUUACAGAUGGAGGAGGGCAUGGCCUUUACAAUAGAACCCAUCGUAAUGGAGGGAACCUCAGAAUUCCGGGUCCUCGGCGACAAAUGGACAGCGGUCUCCGUAGACGACAAAAGAUCGGCGCAGUUUGAGCACACGGUCGUUAUCACCUCUGACGGUGUGGAGAUUCUGACCAAACUGCCAGACGAAGACUGACAGGUCACGCGGCAAGGCAGGAGGUGUGCGCUCGCGUGUGUGCUUUUUUUUUUUAAAAUUUAGUACAUGAAAAGAAGAAGAAGAAUUUUUAAAAACGUUGAAUGUAAUUGAAUGUAACGGUUUCCAUUGCCUUAUAAUUUAAAGAACAUAAUGUGACCUUCAUAUUCGUUUAAUCAAUUAAACUGAAUAAUCUUCCAUUUA